GACCUCGGUCUUGGAAAUUUUAGACAUCAUAAGGCUACGCUUACGCCUGCAUUUAACUCCAUUCAAUGUUUUCAACGGUCCCCUACCUGUCUUUUCUCCCUAUAUAAGAGGAGAUUCUCAACACCAGCAGAUAUAGAGAUUACGGAAUGAUAGAAAAGAGGGGCUGCAGACUCGCUAGAUAUAUUCAUAGAGAGAGCAGAUCUAUGGCAAAGUGGAGUAUUGUUAUGCUUGUUCUUGCAUUGGUUGUGGCUCACGCUACUGCAAGAAAUGUGCCUGCAGGUGCUGGUCUUGAAGACCAAAAGAACUUCCUCAGUUACGGUGGAGUUGGCGGUUUCUCUGGUGUUGGCUCUAAUGGCUUGCCAUUCGGUGGAGUUGGGGGCCUUGGCGGUGCAACUGGGCUUGAUGGAAAUGGAGGUCUAGGAGGACUUGGUGGCGGUGGCUUGGGUGGCAUUGGUGGUGCUGGUGCUGGCGGUGGAUCAGUUGGAGGUGCUGGUGGUGGUGGCGCUGCUGGUGGAGUUGGAGGUGGUGCUGGUGCUCUUCCAUUUCCUUGAAAUGGAAGGCUUUACCCUAAUUAUAGCUAAGUAAC